AUGUGCCCCAUGUGUGGUGAAGCAAGGGAGAAUAUUCUCCAUAUGUUGAUACGAUGCAAUGAGGCCAAGAUCAUAUGGUAUACGUCUCCUUUGAGGUUGGAUGUGGAAAAAUUUCAAGGGGAGAACUUUGGAGAGUGGUGUUGCUCGGUUUGGAAGGCUAUCAAAGACCUGAAUUGGUGGGGGUUUUUUUGGUGUAUUGCGUGGGGGGUGUGGCUAAGACGAAAUAGAUGGAAUUUUGAGAAGAAGAGGAUAGAAGGGGCUGAUGUGAUACGCAAAGCAGUAACUUUAGUGGGUGAGUAUGAGUUAGCAAAGGAGGUAAGCAAUGUGAGUAUCCCUGCCAUGAAGCUCGAGACUAGGUGGAAGCCGCCAAUAGUGGGAACGAUCAAAGUAAACUCUGAUGCAGCUAUCCUCUCGCCUAAUGAGGUGGGUUUGGAUGGAGUGAUGAGAGAUUAUGUGGGAGAUAUGGUGGCUGCAACUUACCUCAAGAUGGAAGGGGGUUUUGAUGUGGAUGUAGCGGAAGCGUUGGCUAUGAGACAUGCUUUACACAUCGCAAUGGAGGCGGGUUUCUUGCGGCUUUGCUUAGAGACAGAUUGCAUGAAAUUAUACAAUCACUUGAAGAAAGGUGAUGUUCCCCCUACUCCCUUUGGGAAGAUUAUCAAUGAUAUUCUAGCACUAGUCCAUUUGUGUGAGUGUGUGGCUUUCUCUUUUGUAAAAAAGGAGGGAAACCGGGUAGCUCAUGGCUUAGCAAAGGCGUGUAACCAAUUUUAUAAACUUAGAGUAUGGCUAGAGGAAUAUCCUAGUGAUGUAACGGAGUUUGUUAUGGCUGAUUUAAGCCACGUUGAAGUUUAA